CCAGUCAGGAGCGUGUGUGUUGGUGUGUUGGUGUGUGUGUGUGUGUGGACGCAGGGGUUAGCCUAACACUUCACUAGCAGCACAGCCAGUCAGAUCACUUGUCCACUCGCCGGUCGGUGGGUGUGAAAGUGUGUGUGUGAGUGUGUGUGAGGAGCUGCUCUCUACGACGUCACCCAUGCAAGACGGAGCGAGAGAGACCAACUAACCAGAGGAAGGUGUCCAUCCUUACACAUUGGACUGAGGAGAGUCAACAAGCCACAGUCAGUGACAGAAAGACAGACAGACAGAGAGAGUGAGUAACUUCUUCCAGAGUUGGAUGUGCUGGGGAGAUGAUGUGCUUCUAAAACCAAAAAGCUGAAGUGGAUAUUACCCCAUAUUGACAGAACCAGAGAACUCUCUGCAGGGACUUUCAGCUCUCAGCAAGGACUUCACUCCAGAAGUGUGUGAGGCUGACUAAGUGUGUGUGUGAGGGAGUGUUUAUUGUGUUUAUCGCCAUGGAUCAGACAACCAGCAGCUGCAUGCGGAGCACCCACCCCGGCAACCCCAUCUGGGGGUGCGUGAGGAACCCUCACCCCGGAGCAGGGCUCCAGUCGCAGGCCCCCUUCUCCCUGCACCAGAAGCCUGAGUACCUUGCCUAUACAGACUUCUCCACCUCCUGCCUGGUGCCUGCGCCCUACACCGCCUACCCCCGCGACGACAGACUUUACCAAGAGCCCCAUGCGGGCUUCCAGAGGGCCGACUGGCAGUUCCCCCCCUGUGAGACGCGGGGCCGGGGGCAGGAGGCCUGUCGGGUAGUGCCCGUGGCGGUGGUUGGUGGAGGGGUGGUGGGUGGCGUAGGGGGAGAGAUGGACAGCACAGGUGGGGAGGUGCCAGGGGCAGUGCCCAGGUGUCUGAAGGGGGAGUACUCGCCACAGAGCAUGGCAUCGGCCGACACAGAGAAGAAGAGCUCCAAGAGGAAGAGGGACAUAAUAGGUGAGUCAAUGAUACGCCAUGAGGGGAUCAGUUGGGGUGUGCUGCUGGUAAAUACCAUGACUGAAAAGAUGUGGGAAAAGACAUGGGUGACCACUUCAGUAAGCCUACAUUGCGUGCUAAUACAGGUCAAAUGCCAUGCAGAGACAGAAAUUAAUAAAUGA